AUGUUGGUAGAAAUGAAAAACUUCAUUCCUUCUUCAUAUACUUUCGAAACAAAAAUUCAGAAGAUAAAGCAAGAACUGUUAACAAGUAAUUUAGACUGUAGUGCGAAAGAUGAAACAAAUGAACAGUAUCUUUAUGAAAUGCAGGACAUUAUUGACCAUUUACCCAAAUUGCCUGAAAUCCAACAACAAAAACUCACUAUUCCUGAAUUCGACGAAAUUGAAGUGAAACCAACUGACUCAGUAGAAAUAAAGAAGUUCAUACGAAAGGUAAAUUAUGAAUUCCUUGGUUUUCAUUGCAACCAUAAAGUUAUGGACAAAGAUUGCGACAUGGUUUAUAAGAAUGUUUCUGACAUAUAUAAAUCCGAAGAAUUUAAGACCUACGACAACUUUGUUUCGUUAGUUGCAGAAUGUGUAUGGCAGAUAAGAGAUAAAGAUAGAAGAGGUAAGGUAUGGAAUGAACAGAUAAAACCAACUGCUUCAGAUUUAAAGAAAACCAUUGACGCCUUAGUUGUUUUAGCAGGUAAGGUUUCAGAAUAUAACGCAAAAAUGAACCCGCAAUGUUCUAAAUGUAAAGCAGCAAUGAGGAAAUAUAACUACUCCGUCAAAGAGAUAGAACG